GGUAAAAACUACACGUGUGUUUGACAUCAAGGUUGCAGAGCCGAGGUUGAAAACAAAAUGUCGUGGUUGUUUGGCACAGGGAAACCGACUACGCCAGGGACGGGUGGCAUGCCCCCAGCCAACCUAGGCGCAGGCGGCAUGCCCCCGGAUAAACCAGGAGCUGGUGGCGCCACCCCAAUCGGACAGUCACCUCAUGGGACAGGAGGAAAGAUGGAGAAAUACUCCUUCGAUUCGACUGCCCUAGAAAGGGCAGCAAAGGCUGCAAAAGAACUGGAAAAAUCGGCACAUGCCAAAGAUGCAUUACAAUUAUCCAAGAUGCAGGAAGAAACAAAACAAAUAGAACAACAAAGGAAAAUGAAGGAAUCUGAAGCUUACAGGGAACAGUUAAAGAUUGAAUUUGCACGUACAUCAGAAGAGGAGAAGAGGAAGUCGAUGGCAGAACAAAGCAAAUAUCAUAAAUCUAAAGCGGAAUAUGAAGACAGAUUGGCACGGCAACGCUACUCCGACCAGCUGGCCCAACAGGCAAGACAAGAAGAAGACAUGCGAGCAAAGAAUGAGGCGUCAAUAGCUAAACAAGAACAAUUGAAAAAAUCCACAAUGGAUUAUGAAUAUGAUCUGCGACGCAAAAAUGACAUGGCACGUGUAGAGGCCGAAAUAAAAGGGAAAGCUAAAGCAGAUCGACAGAACCAUGACCUCAUCAAGGAACAAUUACGAAUCAAAGGCCAGGAACAUCGACAGACUGUACUAGAAUCUAUUAAAACUGCUGGCUCUGUGUUGGGAGCUGGUUUCCAGGCCUUCAUCUCUGACUGGGAUAAAGUCACAGCUAUGGCUGCCGGUUUGACGAUGGUGGCUGCCGGUGUCUACUCCGCUAAGCAUGGUAUUGGAGUAACAGCCCGCUUUGUCGAGGCCAGGCUUGGAAAGCCCUCAUUGGUCAGGGAAACAUCACGACUCACAGUUACAGAAGCCUUGCGUCACCCAAUAAAGACAGCCAAGCGUGUGUAUGCCAAACCAGAUGAUGCCCUCAAAGGCAUUAUCCUAAAGCCAGAACUUGAAGAGAGACUACGAGAUAUUGCCAUAGCUACCAAACACACAAAGCAAAAUAAGGGAUUUUAUAGGAAUCUUCUAAUGCAUGGUCCUCCUGGUACAGGAAAAACUAUGUUUGCAAAGAGCCUUGCUAAGCACUCUGGGAUGGAUUAUGCGAUAAUGACUGGAGGUGAUGUGGCACCUAUGGGAAAGGACGGAGUGACGGCCAUGCACAAAACGUUUGACUGGGCCAGCACGAGUAAGAGAGGGUUACUACUAUUUGUAGAUGAGGCAGAUGCAUUUUUACGAAAAAGAAGCAAGGAGCAUAUAAGUGAAGAUUUGCGGGCCACUCUCAACGCGUUUCUGUAUAGAACAGGGGAACAGUCAACCAAAUUUAUGUUAGUACUAGCAAGUAUCAACCCUGAGCAGUUUGAUUGGGCCAUAAAUGACAGACUCGACGAAAUGGUAGAAUUUCUGUCUCCAUCUCUGGGAGAAAGAGAGCGUCUGGUGCGACGCUAUUUUGACCUGUACUGUCUAGUACCAGCCACAGAGAAAAGAGGGAGAUUGAGACUAGAUGAAUUUGACUAUGGCGAGAAGUGUUUAGAAAUAGCUAGAAUGACCGAGGGUUUAUCAGGAAGAGAAAUAUCAAAACUAGCUGUGGCAUGGCAGGCUACUGCCUAUGCCUCAGAGACUGGGGUACUGACUGAAGCUAUGAUGGAGGAUUGCGUCAUGAACAGUGUCAGACAGCAUGCCAAGAAAGUAGUCUGGCAAGAGGAAAGUGCUGCCACAGAAAUGAGGGAGAUUGGGAAAUCAUACUCCUCAGAGAAAGACGCUUCCACUGGUGUUUCCAGCAUCAAGAAGGAUCCGUCUAGUUAACACUGAGGAGCUUUAGGAUGUUUUAAUUAGUAGAAAAAAACAGUCAGGGACUCGGAAGCAAGACUCUUGAAGCAAGACUCUUGAAGCUUUCACUAUGAGAUGAGUGUGUGACUUGGAUAAGGACGCAGUUGUGUGGUGUUGUAGUUAUUUCUGUGUUUGACAAGUAAUACUGCCAAGAAAAUACUAUUAUUAUUUCAGAAAUAUAUUUUUUUCUGAAAUUAUGUUCCAAAUGACAUAUUUGUGUUAUAUUUGAUUUUAUGUAUGAAAUAAUCAGGACUACUUUAAAUAGUUUGUAAAUGUUUAAUAUGAGAUAUUUAAUCCACAGUGUAUUCCCCAUUCAGGUUUACACUGAAAUAGAUAUCAUUUGUGAUAUAUAUAAUUAACAUUCGAGUUUAUGGAAGGAUAAAAUGAUUAAUAUGAAACUUACUUGAACAAAAGAUUUUAUCUAAAUUUUAGUCAGAUUUUUUCUUUUUUUCUUUUUUUUUUUUUUGGGAGAGAAUAUAUCAAUACAAUAUAAUUCAGCGUGAUUUUGUAAAAAUCAAUGUAUAUACAGUAGAUGUAAUUAUCAAAAUCCAACUGCCAUUGCAAAUACUUUGAUAUAUAUUUGUGUCCCUGUGUAAAGCGAUUUCCAUGAGGUGGAAGUUGUCACUUUGAAAAUAAGUAGAAUGAACUUGUCGCAGAGAGAAUUUGUUUUAAUGGAAAGAAUGAGUUGAUAACUUGGGUCCAGUAUUGAUGUAGGAUAGAUGGAUUGUAUGUAAGAUAAUAGUUUAAGUUGUGAUAUGUUAAAUGUGUGUUCAAAUGAAUUUAGUGUGUGUUUUUAUUGCAGAAUUAUUAGAAAGUACACCUUGACAUGGUUAAGAGAAAUACUUAACAGAUUACAGUAAAACUUAUGGUUUAAGAGGAAGUGUGUAAAAUUAUUUUUUUUCUUGCACUUCUUUCUGAUUAUCUUACGUUGAAUUUCGAAUAUUCAACUGGCAAUUGCAACGUAUUUGUUAAAUAUGGUUUCGUUAUAUGGAAUAGAUGACAAUUUUAAGCAUCAAUCAAACUACAUUGUAUUAAAGAUAUAUGUAUUUUUAGGUCACCUGACACCCCAAAGGGUCAGAUGACCUAUAGUCAUCAUGCUUCCCCCGCCGUCUCCCGCAGUGCGCCGUCCAUGAACUUUUCACAUUUCAAACUUCCUUUCAAAUUCCAGUGGUAGGAAUGAGCUGAAACUUGCCGAGAAUGAUGAUCCUGAGGAGUUCUUGACCAAGAGCUGUUAUUUUUCAAGUCAGUCCAAAAUCAAGAUGGCCGCCAUGGUAGUCAUAUUGAAAAAAAAAAACACUUUUUAAUUUUCUUCUCUAGUUCCACUGGUGCCAUUGAGUUUGAUAUUGGCGUAGAUGUUAAGGAAGGGGAGCCAACUAAGUGUUGUUAUUUUUAAGCCUUGUAAAAACUUAAACAUGGUAGCCACAGUGGCCAUUUUGUGAACAAUACCUAUUUCAGACUUCUUCCAAACUUAUACCAGUGGGAUUCAACUUAGAAUUGGCUACAAUGAUCAUUAGAUUGUAAUUGUCCUGUCCAAGUGUUGUUGUUAUUUUUCUGGUUGGUCCAAAAUUCAAGAUGACCACUAUGGCCAACACUACCACUUUACUUGCUAGUGAGUAUGUAUACUACAAUAGUACAAGGGUCUGUCAAAUGACCGUUAGCUUUAACAUUGAAGUGGGACUUUAAUUAACAUUUAAAAUACAAUCUAUAAUUAAUGCAUGCUAAAAUAAGACAAUAAGCAUAUCAAUUCAACCCCUCAAACUGUUUAAUGUGCGAAAAUGAAAUGAUCCAUUACACAAUUGAUGUUAGUGAAUUAUUAUUUAUUGUAUUCAUUUUAAAAAUGAAACUGUUUCAAGAUAACCGCAAAAAGUUAUUGUUUAAAGUUAACAGCCAAAAGUAAGGGCAUUUUCUCUGAGUUUGCUCUGAGUUUGUAGAAAACAUGAUGUUGUUUUCUUAUGCAGUAAGAGCAAUGCUACUGAUCAAGGGACAUAACUCAUCAAAUCAUAAAUCCAAUCCCGGAACAAUCCACAGGGGAGCUAGUACCGGUAUUUGUAUCUACUGUUUUGCGCUUAAGGUCUUAAAAAUCACUUGUGUCUGUAAUUAAAGAUAAUGUCGAAAUAACAAAACAAACACCAAUAUAGACAGGUAGGUAGGUUGCAUUCUUUAUUUGCUAUAAAUAUUGUACAGUGAAUUGUCAAAUUUGAUUGUAUCAGCAAUGGUUUCUUGUGGCAUAUAUAAAGAACGCCAUCUAUAUCAUCAAAUUUGUUAACAGAUCACACACAAGUUUGUAUGCAGAUUGUUGUUACAUGUACAUUGAAUCGCUGGUGUCUGCAACAUUACAUCAAGAAAUCUGUUAUUGCAUUCUUGUGUUCACAAAAAAGAUAGUGAAAAAUGUGUUUAUUGGGAAACAUUCUAUUUAAUUCCUGAAAAUUUGAUGAACAACCACAGAGGACAAAACAACAAUCAGGACGGAUAAGUAAAAUAUACAGCUGUAGCAUUGUUGAUGAUGCUGAAAAAUUGCCAGUCGGUAAUUAAUUUCAGCCAACAUACAAUGUACAAUGUGUUGUGACACAAAUUGUAAUUAUAGAGUUUUAACUGUUCAUGUUGUAAAUUACUUAAAUGUAUUACGCUGUGUGCUGUUGAACAUUGAACUGUAUGCAGUGCAACCUGGGGCUUAAUGGAAUCGGCUAUGUGAAUAACAAAUUAAAAAAAAACUAUUGUACUGUAUGGUACAAAAAAUUAUGCUUCAUUUGAUGAAAAUUUGUCAAAAACAUUGAAUACAUUGCAUGGUGACGUCACUUCUCACACCAUACUUAACUGAGGGGGUAUACAAAUCUGGGUUAUUAUAUAUUGAGCUUUUUUUCUUGAACAAUAAAUGAAAGUAAUUACGAAUAAAAGCCUUUAACUGUAUAUUUAAUGUAAGUUGAUUACAGCUUUAUAUGAAUUGAUCUAUGUACAAAUGAAUGUAUGUGAAACAUGUGAACAUGAAUGUUAUAAAUGUGAAUGAGAAAAAAAUGACUUUUGCUGUUAUUUCUGAGUAUUUCGAGGGAAAUUUUGCAUCAGUUGUAUAUACAGUUAAAUUGAUUUUAUUAG